AUGUGAUUUGUGUUUAUGAUAUUACAGAGAAGGUUUGACAGUUUGUUGAUUAUUGGACCUUAUACUUUAACAUUAGCUUUUAGCGAACAUUGUUCUAAAGUUUCUAGACAUGUCCAGCAGUUACCAGAUAGUGGUACAGGGUGAGGCCUCUGAGACAGACUCUGAUGAUGAAGUGUACAUCACCUCCAUGACUCCCCAAACUGCCACCUUGGGAGCCAAGGUUCCUGGGGAGGCUUCUGAAACAGACAGUGAGGAUGAGGAGGAGCAGCCGGGCCGAGCCUCCUCUCUGAGCCAGGAGAGCACUCAGAUUCUCAGGAGAGACCUUCCUCCUCUUAUCGUAGUGAGAGACCAUCCUGAUAUCCAGUCCAUAGUGGAAGACAGGCCCAGUCCCACACACAGGCCACAAGGCGACACCCUUUUACAACAGAAGCUGCAGGAGUCUAACAGCCGGCUGUAUUCUGAUGUGGGACAGACACUACGGCAUGCUUAUGGCAGUGCCAGUAGAGAGGUGCAAAGUGCAACAUCUCAGCUGAAUACUUCGCAGGGCGCCAUCAUCAAUGCCUCCCACAGCAUCAGAUUAAUCCUGGAUGACCUAAAGGCUGUGUCCGAGAAGAUUGACAUCAUUACCAGCUGUCAAAUACUGCCAGAUAUUCACAUCAACAAUCAAAUCAAUAAUACUACUUCUGUACCUUAAAGAAACAAAUCAAAAUAUAUAUUUAAAAUAUUAAUGUCAUAAUGGAUAUAUUAGUAUUGAAAAGCAGAGAGUAGGUUUCAAUCUAGAAAAAAAAAGCUUGCUUUAUUACAGUGUUUACAGAUAAUACAUAGGCAUGUAAAUAACCGUGUCUAUUGAACAACUGCACACUUUCCUGAUCUGUCUUUCUGUAUUGAGCUCUUGGAACAUUUUUGUAAAGAUAUGACGUUCUGUAGUUCUGUUUCCUUGCACUAUUUUACUAUAUUUAUUUAACACAACAUAGUACUCUGAUUUUCACAAGACAAAUCUUUUUUCAUACUUUGCUGUCUUCUGAUCCUCGAUGCUUCAUUGAUGUGGUUUUGAAUAACAAAGUGGUGGUGAUUAAAAACAAUUCAGAUUUGUUUCCACUUGAAA